CAUCGAAGAUGAUGCAUUGCACAAUGGCGCUUCCAGCGGAGAUGCAGUCUGUCACUGUCCACCCAACACAGCCAUUGAUAAAGACAACCAUAUCGACCAUUGCAUUGCCAAGUUCCCUUGCACCGAAUGAAGUACUGAUCAAAGUCUACGCCGCGGCAUCGAACCAAAAAGACUGGCUCCACCUUGUCGCACGCGGCAUCUCGCUCAAUUCAGGUGAUGACCUGGCUGGCACUGUUGCUGGACUUGGGUCAGAUGUGGCACAAUUGCAGAUUGGCGACAAGGUUGCUGCGUUUCAUCCCAUGGGGCAACCGUACGGAGCAUACGCCGAAUACGCAGUCGCACCGGCGCAUACAGUGUUCAAGAUUCCCAGCGCUAUGCGCUUCGAAGAGGCCAGCACUAUCCCCCUCGUCAGCUUAACGGCAGGGAUUACACUAUUCCGGCGGCAGGGGUUUGCAGCACCAUGGACUCCGGAGGCGGUGGAGAAGAAUGGACAGCCUCUCCUUGUGUACGGAGCAACGACCGCCUUGGGGACGUACGCGAUUAAACUUGCCAAAGUCGCUGGAAUCGGUCCGAUCAUUGCCAUCGGCGGCAGAAGUAGCCAGUAUUUGAGGACAUUGCUUACUGAGCACGACGUGUUCCUGGAUUAUCGGUCAGGCAUGGACAAGGCACGAGAAGAUAUCGGUCACAUUGCGAAGGGAAAGAAUCUGAAGUUGCUGAACGCAAUUGAUGCUUUCAGUGCGUCGGGAACCUGGGUGGAGGUGAGCCAGAUGCUGGACGGCGGCGUACUCAGCGUCUUCUCGGGGGCAAACAAGUACGACGAAGCCGGAAUACGAACCGGGGUCCGUAUCGUGUAUACAUAUGUGGGCACAGGGCAUGAAGGAGCGUACAAGCCUGGCAUGCCGAAGCAGCCAGCAGCCGAAGAUGCACAAGGCGAUGUCAAUUUCGCCGAGGAAUUUUUCAUCUGGCUGGUAGAAAUGCUCGAACAGGGCAAAUACAGCGGGCAUCCGUAUGAAAUCGUGCCUGGUGGACUUCGCGGUGUUGCUGAAGGCCUCAACAGGCUAUGUCAUGGCCAGGCAGAGGGGAAGAAGUUGGUGUACGUUGUCGGAGGAGAAAUGUAA